AUGCAUUUCUCCGCGACCCUCCUCCCUGCUCUCGUAGCCCUCACCUCCGCCGCCGCCGUCCCCCGCUCCACCUACGGCCAGUGGACCGUCUCCGCCACGGUGUCCCCCGAUCAUUCUGUCUACGUGACCGCAAAGUACACCUCGGAUGCGUACCCCGACGACAAAUACAUGAACCGGUCGUGCGUCGAAAACCCUUUUGCGACGCCGCCUGUGGAGAAGAGGUGCGAUCGCACGGAUUUUACGUAUGAGUACGAUGCGCGGAGUAAGUUCUAUCAAUAUCUCCAUCUACCCCAGGAAAGGGGGCGAGAGUCGAGGAGAUGA